AUGGAAACACGAUGCUCUCCUCCACUGCUCUCCUCUUCGCUCCUGUUUCUUCUACUGGGCGCGUGCGUAUGCGUGGAGAGCGUGCGCGCGCCUCCGUACGGGGACCGUCAGUACCUGAACGAGUGGGCGGUGGAGGUGCCCGGGGGGGAGCGGGUAGCACGGGCCCUGGCGAACGAGGUGGGCUACGACCUGAUCAGACAGAUUGGGGCGUUGGAUGACCAUUAUCUCUUCAGACGCAGUCAACAUCCAAGAAGAAUGAAGAGAAGCAGCGACCACCUGACGAAGAGGCUGUCAGAGGACGACCGUGUGUUGUGGGCGGAGCAACAGUAUGAGAAGACCAGGACUAAACGAGCCGCAGUCCCAUCUGAGUCUGUGGACAAACUGUUCAGCGACCCCAUGUGGAACCAGCAGUGGUACCUGCAGGACACCCGCACCUCCCCGGCUCUCCCCAAACUCGACCUCCAUGUGAUCCCCGUGUGGCAGAAGGGCAUCACAGGGCGAGGCGUGGUCAUCACGGUGCUGGAUGACGGUCUGGAGUGGAACCACACGGACAUCUACCAAAACUAUGAUCCAGCAGCGAGUUACGACUUUAACGACAACGACCCAGACCCCUUUCCCCGCUACGACUCCACCAACGAGAACAAACACGGCACACGUUGCGCCGGAGAGAUUGCCAUGCAGGCGAACAACAACAAGUGUGGAGUGGGUGUGGCUUUCAACGCCAAAGUGGGAGGGAUUCGCAUGCUGGAUGGGAUUGUGACAGAUGCCAUCGAGGCCGGCUCCAUAGGCUUCAACUCAGACCACGUGGACAUCUACAGUGCAAGUUGGGGCCCCAACGACGACGGCAAGACUGUGGAGGGCCCCGGGAGGCUGGCCAGCAAGGCCUUCGAGUAUGGCAUCCAGAAGGGUCGUGGUGGGAAAGGCUCCAUCUUCGUGUGGGCGUCUGGUAAUGGCGGGCGCCAGGGCGAUAACUGUGACUGCGACGGGUACACGGACAGCAUCUACACCCUGUCCAUCUCCAGCGCCUCCCAGCAUGGGCUCUCCCCCUGGUACGCUGAGAAGUGCUCCUCCACCCUGGCAACUGCAUACAGCAGCGGGGACUACACAGACCAGCGCAUUACCAGUGCAGACCUCCAUAACACCUGCACAGAGACGCAUACUGGAACCUCGGCCUCCGCACCCCUUGCAGCAGGAAUCUUUGCCCUCGCACUGGAGCAGAACCCAGACCUCACCUGGAGGGACCUUCAGCACAUAGUGGUCUGGACCUCUGAGUUCGACCCUCUGUCUCAGAAUCCCGGGUGGAAGAGGAACGGCGCCGGCCUCAUGGUCAACAGUCGAUUUGGUUUUGGUUUGCUGAAUGCCAAAGCUCUGGUGGACCUCGCCGAUCCACAGACCUGGACCAGCGUCCCAGAGAAGAAGCAGUGUGUGGUGAAAGACGACUCCUUCCAGCCCAGGGAGCUGAAAGCAGCUGGUGAGAUCACAGUUGAAGUUCCCACUGGCGCCUGCAGGGGGCAGGAGAACGCAGUGCUGUCCCUGGAACAUGUGCAGGUGGAGGCCACCAUUGAGUACACGAGACGAGGAGACCUGCACAUCACCCUGACCUCGCCCUCCGGCACGACCACGGUGCUGCUCGCAGAGAGGGAGCGGGACACAUCAGCCAGCGGCUUCAAGAACUGGUACUUCAUGUCUGUGCACAGCUGGGGAGAAGACCCAAGCGGAACCUGGGCCCUGAAGAUCACUGACACCUCCGGUCGGAUGGAAAACAACGGUCGGAUCCUCAGCUGGAGGCUGAUUCUUCAUGGGACGUCAGAAAAACCAGAACACAUGAAGAAACCCAGAGUUUACACCCCUUACAACCCGGUCCAGAACGACCGCAGAGGGGUGGAGCACAUGGAGGAGCUCACACAGGAGCCGCUGCUCCCCCAUACAGAGAAGACCCCCCCACCCUCUGAGCCCACCCCCUCCCUCGCCUUGCAACACCUGCUGCAGGCAGCCUUCAGCAGACAGUCUCCCCAGGGUGGCUCUCUCCUUCCCCAGGGGGGCCCUCUCCCUCCCCAGGGGGGGCCUCUCCCUCCUCAGGCUCUGUACCGGGCUCUGGAGCUACUGACGCGCGCACAGACACCUGCUGAACCGCUGUACGGCCGCUACGUUGACCGCUUCUACCAGAGCGGCUACCGGCACCGUGACGACCGUCUGUUGCAGGCGCUGCUGCAGCUAAUGGACGACCGCCACUCCCUCCCCAGCCUGGGCUCCUCUUCCCCGGAGUUGGAGCCUCAAAUGCCCCGCUGUCAGGGAGAGCAUGGUGGAAGUAGGCACAAGAUGGCCGCGUUGGAUGAGGGGAGCUUCGGGCUGAACUGUGGCCAGAACAGCGGGCAGAAGGUGUCCGUUCUACACGUGAAGUUCCCCGAGAGCGUACUCAGGGCCCUGGAGACCUUCCACUCUUGUAAUACUGAGUCAGGAGAUCAGCCCUCCAUCCAGUUCAAAGGGCAGCAGGGGAGCAUUAAGGUCCCAUGCUCAGGCUCUGCCCCUCAGGCCUUUGGAUUCUUCCUCUGUAGUGAAACCAAAGACAAUCCUCAGGAGAGCUACGAGUGUGUGGAGCAGAGGUCUGGGACCCCUCCUCUCUCUGUUCUGGCCCCUGUUCAGACUAAACUCACUGUGUGUGCCACAAACAAAUGUAUGAGCAGGAACCAGGCUGCGGAGGAGACCAGAGAUCGAACUAAAGUCCUCAAACCUGGAGGACCCAGAGGAAAGCUCGUGCCCUGCCGUAAACCCGCCCUGGGCGGCGCAGACGUGGUGCCUGAGCGCAAACGGUCUACACCCAUCAACCCGGCCAACACCCUCCGUAAGUGCCUCACCAACAACCCCGUAGCACAGCGCCCUCUGCGGGACCGUAUCAUGCACCUUCUCGCCCUGCGCCCCUACAAGAAGCUGGAGCUGCUGGCACGACUGCAGCGAGAUGGGCUCAAUCCCAAGGACCGGACGACCGUGGGUACAACACUACAGCAGGUGGCUGCGCUGAAUCCCAGGGAGAACUCCUUUUCUCUGAAGGAGCAUCUCUUUGAGGAGGUGCAGAAGCAGUGGCCUGGGUACACCGAAGAGGAGCGCACGCAGGCGGACCGCAACCGCUCACGUAAAUUGGGCCUGAGCACUGAGCCCCUCCCCUCCUGCUCCCCGAAAGAGAGCACCCCCUGCACAUCUCCUCAGAAGCGGCCUCCUGACGGUGACUUCAUCGAUCCUUUGGCUCCAAAGAAACCUCGAAUCUCUCACCUCAGCACCAGGCCACAGCGCCCCCUAGAGGAUUCACACAGACCCCAGCCAAGCCCCGCUCACCCAGGUGUGAGUCACCAACCGAGCCCUACCCACCCAGCUGUCAGUCACCAGCCAAGCCCUGUCCACCCAGCUGUCAGUCAUCAGCCGAGUCCCGCCCACCCAGCUGUCAGUCACCAGCCGAGCCCCGCCCCCUCUCAUGACCUGGCCGACCCGCUGGCUUCAUCCCAGUCUCCGUCCACCCCUGAAGGCUGCGGCUCUCAGGCUCUGCCCCUUGAUCAGAGCUCCACCUGCAGAGACCCCAGCUCCACAAGUGCACCGCCAAAACCCAGGAAAAGCUCCUCCAAACGACGAGAGAAAAGUGUUGCGUCCAGAGACCGAGGGCAGCGGCGGAAAGAAAAGAAGAGAGAGCGGCACGUGCAGGUCCAGUCAGCCAAGCCCGAGCUGAAGGGUCCCCAGCCGCUGUUGCCCUGCAGUGACCUCCAGGACUAUCUUCUGUUGUACCCGCCGCUUUCAUCGCUGAACCACAGGCAGAAGUACAAACAGGACUUUAACUCUGAGUAUGGAGAGUACAGACGGCUUCAUGCCCGUGUUGAGGCCGUGACCCGGAGAUUCACCCAGCUUCAGCAGGAGAGCAGCAAGCUGAGACCCGGGUCCAACGAGCACGAGAAGGUCCUGGAGGAGGUCCUGAGCGAAUAUAAGAAGAUCAAACAGCUGAGCCCAAAUUUCCAGGAGGAGAAACAACGCUACCUGACCAGUAACACCAGAGGGCACCACUCCACAGACCUGACCAGUACCAUCAGAGGGCGCCACCCCACAGACCUGACCAGUACCAUCAGAGGGCGCCACCCCACAGACCUGACCAGUACCAUCAGAGGGCGCCACCCCACAGACCUGACCAGUAACGCACCAGCUCUAUGUUGCAGCCUGCACUCUGUGAGAAUUCUGGUCUCCUAA